GCGCCACUUCCACUCAGCCCUCUCAGGAGCAACGGUUGCCGCCUGUCCGCGCUCGUUUGCGCAUGCGUCGCACCUUCUGAGCCGACUUGGACACCCUUGGGCCUUUUCAUCGCCAUGCAAAUUGCAACUAAACAGACAUCAAAGGAUUUGCAUGUACACAAAUCCUGGGGGAGACCAUUUUGGAGGCCUUGCCGAAAAUUGAGGAGGGGGAAGGAAAAAACAGGGCUGUUUCCGCCUGGCUCAGAAUCAAACCUGGGUAGGAUGCACCUUUGCGGACGCUUCAUUCCUGGAUGGGAAGCUCAUGAAGGCUGGCCGUCCCAAGCGUCCGGCUGAAUUCGGCGGGAUUUAAGCCCUUGUUGACCAUGGAAACUGUCCCUGCAGAUUAUGGCAAACGCAUCUACCAAGGAGUCCGGGUGAAGCACACGGUGAAGGACCUUCUGGCCGAAAAGCAGUCGAGGCAGACGGGCUCCUCGCGGGUGAACGGGAGCGUCAGCACAACUCAGUCCUCGUUUGUUCCUUUGCCAGGUUCCCCCACUAGCUAUUAUGGGAUGCGGAGAUCCUUCAUGUCCGACGUGGAUUUGCAAAGCAAUAAGCCGCUCUCGAGUGAUGUCUAUGCCUCUUCCCUCAUGACGAAGCCGUUUGGGUACGAGUCUCCAGCAGCGCAAGGCUAUUCCUCCCUCCUGGACUCCCAUUUCGUGGACCAAUACGUUGACCAUCGGGCCGCUUCCGGAGCCUCCGCCCUCUUCGGCGCUUCGCCCCUGGCAUCCAUUGGGCCGCCGUUUCCGAGUGACUCCGCACACUUUUUAGCCAGAGACACCUGGGAUCAGUCCUUACCCGACGGCCUGGGCCAAUCGGAGUCGUGUCCGGAGUCCCUCCAGGCGCCUCCACCGGCCGGCUGCCUCUCCUCCCUUGACCCAGGGACGUCUUCUCAAUACCGAAGCCCCAGUUGGAGCCCCCUCGUCUCUGGGCCGCAGCCCUACUCCUUCCACGCCCUCGAGGACGUCCACUACGGCUACGCGGCUUCCUCGGCGUAUCCGUUCUCCUCCUUGAUGGCCGCCGUGUCCAGCGAUUUGGGCUCCAAGGCCUUCCACACUCCUCCUCCUCCUCUGGAAGAACCUUCUGAUGCCACCCCGCUCCACGAAGGCAACACUCUCUGGCCGAAGGAAGAUGGGAACCCGCUUUGGGGCUCCUACGAAUCCCGGAGGACUUACUGAGCCGAAGGAGGAGGCUUGACCCACCACAAAAAGGGAACGUCAACCGUGGCCAAUACUCUCCCCAACCGUCUUUUUAGGAUCGUGGCACGUCUCACGUAGUCAACGCUGCUUGCUAGGAAGUGCACCUUGGAUGGACAAGAAAUGCAUACUGCAAAUGAUGGAGAAAGGGAACAUUUCUCCCCGGGAAGAAGUGUUGAGGAGGAAUUACUCUGCAGAGAAAUACAAACUUCUCUUUGUUUGUUUAUUUGCACAAAACAAUCACACACACCCAUAACUCUGCAGGAUAAAUCCUUCUCAACAUCCCACUCUUUCGGGACAUCGGGAUAUUAGGGAAAGCUUUUCUCUAUUUACUGUGAAUUUUCGGCACUGUCAGGCUAUGUUCCGGAAGCAUUCUCUCCUGACGUUUCGCCCACAUCUAUGGCAGGCAUCCCCAGAGGUUGUGAGGCCUGUUGGAAACUAGGCAAGUGGGAUUGAUAUAUCUGUGGGAUAAUGUCCUUAAUAAUAAUAAUAAUAACAAUAAUAAUAAUGCUAACUGCAAAAGGCCACCCUACUGGGAUCUGCGCGCAUCAUCCGAAAAUACAUCACACAGUCCUAGACACUUGGGAAGUGUUCGACUUGUGGUUUUGUGAUACGAAAUCCAGCAUGUCUAUCUUGUUUGCUGUGUCAUAGUAAAAUAAUAAUAAUAAUAAUUUUAUUUUUGUACCCCGCCAACCAUCUCCCCAAAGGGACUCGGGGCGGCUCACCGAUAUAAAACCAGCAUACAGUGAUAUCAAAUACAAAAAUCAAAUACAAAAACACACAAAUAAAUUUAAAAGGCAUUAAAACAAAUAAAAAUAAAUAAAUAAAUAAAUAAAAUCACAAUCAUAAAACACAUGAAAAACAGCAAUAAAAGCAUAAAAUGAACUGAAUGGAAUUUGUAAACAAGAAGGAAGUUAAGGUGCUACAUAAUAUCUGUUUUUAUUGUUGUUUUUAUUGUUUUUAUUGUUAUUUUAAAGCUAAGUGUAUUGUUUUAAUCUAUUUCUGUAAACCGCUCCGAGCCAAACAGAGUAGCGGUAUACAAGUCUAAUAAAUAAAUAAAUAAAUAAAUAAAUAUAAAUAAAGAACUCUUGUCUGUUUGAGGCAAACGUGAAUGUUACAAUUAGCCACCUUUAUUAGGAUAGAAUAGCCUUACAGCUUCAAGGCCUGGCUGCUUUCUGGGGGAAUCCUAUGUUAGGAGGUGUUAGCUGGCCCUGAUUUUUUCCUGUCUGGAAUUCCUCUGUUUUCAGAGUGUUGUUCUUUAUUUACUGUCCUGAUUUUAAGAAUUUUUUUAAAUACUGGUCAUCAGAUUUUGUUCAUUUCCAUGGUUUCUUCCGUUCUGUUGAAAUGGUCCACAUGCUUGUGGAUUUCAGUGGCUUCUCCGUGUCGCCUGACGUGGUGGUUGUGAGAGUGGUCCAACAUUUCUGCAUUCUCCCAUCAUAUUAUGUGUCCAGGUUGGUUCAUCGGGAGCUCUGCUCUGACUGGCUUCUCUGGUUGGUUCAUCAGGUGCCUGCCACAGAUGUGGGCGAAACGUCAGGAGAGAAUGCUUCUGGAACAUGGCCAGACAGCUUGGAAAACUCACAGCAAUCCAAUGAUCCCGGCUAUGAAAGCCUUCGACAACACUUAUUUCUGCCUUUUAUUUUUGGGAUACAGGUGGUCAGAAUCGGUCCUCUCAUGGCCACAAGGGGGCGCUCUUUGCACAUCUCGAGCAUGAGUCCUUUGCAGAAUUUUCUCCCCAUUGAAAAUGGAAAGAAAUUGAGGCAAAUGGAUGGAUUCUGGGUCAAGUUUUUUAAAAACUUGAGGAUCCGAGGACCAAGUCAGAGUCUAUGGAUCAUAUGCACCUUGCAAAGUGAACAAUCCCCACUGGAUUUGCGUUGAUGAUUUGCUGGUUUGAGACGCUUCGAUUUUGUUCCUCAAUCUAUUUCAGCCUUGAAUGCUAUUUUUAUUUUAGUGGAAAAGUAGGAUUAAAAUGCGAAAUCGUAUAUAAAUUAUAUUCUCUCUCUCGCUAUCUAUAAUAUUUAUAUCCCACUUUUAUCUCAA